AUGUUCAGCCCACACAGCAACGGCCAGCUAACGACAGCACAGUCUGCCGUCGCAGAACGUGAUAUGACGACGACCUGGGAUAUGGAGGCUGGUGUUUCGGAGCUCACCACCCACACUGCAGGUACGUCGGGUGACAGCGUUCCCCCGACCACCACGGAGCCGGCCUGGUCGACCUUCAGGGACCAGGAGGGCACCACCACCACCACCACCACCGCCACUGGCGACGACCACACGGAGCAGGCAGCGACCACAGAGCUCCGACAGACGCAGACUCAGACGUGGGCGGAGUGGACCACGCAGGCAUCCACGCUCGUCAACGGCGCUCUCGGUGAUGUGGGGGACUCCCACGACGUCACUGCAGAGUCAGACAGGACGGUGGCCACCGACACGCUGGAGAAGGACGAGCAAGCGUCUACAGGUGCUGAGCUGCAGUGUCGAGACUGUAGGACGCCUGCGGAGGACCCAGCGGUCGGGGCCGAGGAGGAAGCGCUCGAGACGGAAACCAAACCUGCUUCCAGAGACGUCACUGGGCCACAGGUCCACUUGCAGCAUCAUGCGUACGACCCCGCUAACCCGUACGACCAUUUUGACAGUGACAGCGAGGAGCAGGAAAUGGAGGUGGAGCAGGAGCACCACCCGCAGACUGCUGCCGGCUCCCAGGAGGAGGAGCACGAUGAGGAAGAGGAGGCGCUGGGCGGCCUGGAGUACGAGGACUCGCUGGGCCCGGGCAGCACGGAGGGGCAGCCGGCGGCGGCCGCGGUGGCGACCACCCAGCGCUCCUACCUGCUGCAGCUGGCCGGCAACUCCACCAUCGUCAUGCUGCGCCGCAGCGACUUCGCCAAGUACCUCAAGCUCAACCUCGCCGCCAGGCUCUCCCUCGAGUACGACAACGUCAAGGUGAACCGCGUGCUGCUGGAGCCGCCGCGCCUGCUGGUGAACGUGAGCGUCGUCACUCCAGACGAGGGCGGCGGUGGCGGCGCGGGGGCGGCAGGAGGCGGGCCGCAGCCCGAGGACCAGCAGGAGGAGCCGCUGCACGCGCUGGCAGAGGCCAACGCCACGCUGCUCGAGCUCUCCGGCGAGGAGUACCACGUGGUGCGGAUGUUGCCGCUGCGUUCCCGGAAGUCCUCGCGAGACGGCGGCACCGGCGGCCAGGAGGAAGAGGGAGACGCGGAGGACCUGGAGGCGGCGGAGCGAUACACGGACGGCGAGCUGGCCGCGUACUGCGUGCUGGGGGGCGCGUGCGCCGUGGCCGCGGUGGGCGCGCUGCUGCUCGCCUCGGCGCGCUACCUGCGCGGCCUGGCCGCCUGCCUGCUGGGCGGCGGCGCCGGGGGCGGCGGGGGCGGCGCCGGGGGCGGCGGGGGCGGCGGCGAGGCGCUGCUGCAGUCCUUCCUGUCCGCGCCGUGGCGCCUGCGGCACCACCGCAUGGCCGACGCCGGCGGCGCCGCCCCCGGGGCGCCGUCAGUCAUAUACUCGGGCUCGUUCGCCGGCAGCGGCGCCGACGCCACCGCCUCCUGGACGUCUGGCCUCCAACCACAGCAGCAGCAGCAGCAGCAGCAGCAGUCGCCGUCCGCCCCCGCGGCCAGCAGGCUUCGCCUCUUCAGCUGCCGUUCCACCAGCCUGCUACUGCCCCCUCGCCGGAUUGGCCUUCCGACCAAAGACCUGUUGCAGCCGCUUAGCGCUCCUGCCGGGCACGAGAACCCUGGCUACCGCGAUUAA